AUGGCGACCGUUGCGUCCGUUUCUCUCCUUUCGGAGGCCGAGUUCGGCUGUGAACACCUAGCAUCGCAACUCAAGAACGAGGGCCCCACCAGCAACCAGUUCAGAACCUCCUUCAUCAAGGCCCAUAAUUCUUUGGGGCGUCGCGAUGCGCCCAAGUCGUCUUCGCCGAGCCUUUUAAAACCAAUGUAUACAUGUUUGACUUGCUCGGAGCCGUGUAUGAAUGGCGAUCGGAAAGUUCACACCGAGAAGACUGGCCAUCAGUUUUACAUGGAGUCUAGGAGCCGGGCAUUAUUCUGUCAAGGCUGCGAGGAUCUGAUAUAUGAUCAUGGCUUAGAACGGUGUAGAUCAGCUACACCGGAAAAUAAACUACAAGGCGCAAAGAAACGGCGUUUUAGCGAGAGUUCGGCGGACGAACAAUAUGUGAAGAGCAACGCAAAUAGACGUCCAUGUGCAAAGCAAGGUGUUCGGGGUCUGUUCAAUCUUGGCCAGACCUGCUAUCUGAACGUCAUCUUACAAACUCUAUUACAUGAUCCCAUUCUCAGCACCUACUUUCUUGGGAAUGGCCACCAACCGCACGAUUGUACCGUUGCAGAUUGCAUUGGGUGCGCUGUUGCUGAAGCUUUUGCGGAUUUCAACAGCAUUGACAAGCCGGAGGGCUUCGCGGCACUCAAUCUACUUCUAGCGUCCUGGCGCGCAAGCCCGACACUAGCUGGGUAUCAGCAGCAAGAUGCGCAUGAGUACUACCAGUUCCUCGUUGACAAGUUACAUACCAGCGCGGAAGGCAACCGGGAGAACCAUGAAAAGGGUUGCGGUUGCUUCUUCCACCGAACAUUCUACGGCAAACUGCGAAGCAGCGUGACCUGCGAUAAAUGCGGUAAUGUCACGAAAACCGAAGACCCGAUCGUCGACCUCAGUCUCGAUGUUCAAGUCCAAGCAAAGAAGCGAGCCAUGGGCGGCGGCACAGGUCCUAAUGCCACGCCGACCCUUAAUGGGUGCUUAGAAAGUUUCACCUCCCCGGAGAAGCUCAUGGCAGGUGUAUACAACUGCAGCGGGUGCGGAAACACACCCCAGAAGGCGACGAAGCAGCUACGGAUCAAGAAACUCCCAGCGAUCCUGUGUAUGCAGCUUAAGCGCUUCGAACAUACAUUUGCCGUCUCAGAAAAAGUCGAAGGCCGAAUCGACUUCCCCCUGUCAAUCAAUAUGCUUCCAUACACCACAAACCCCAACACCAUCAGCGACGAAUCCCAGUAUACAUACGACCUAUCUUCGGCUGUCGUCCACAAAGGCAAACUCGACGCGGGCCAUUACUAUGUCUACUGCCGCCAAGGUGACGAGUGGAUGCUCUUUAAUGACGACCAGGUCACACCAGUAACCGAAGCAGAGGUCCUCGGCGUCGACGCAUACCUCUUAUUCUAUAACCUCCGGUGCUUGGCAAAUGGCGGGCCGACGGCGUCGUAG